AAUUUACAGGCCCAUGAUGAUUUAUGCAAUGAACUGUUACCACGUAAUCCAACCCAUAAGAGAAAUGGGUUAGGAUUGACCCGAGUAGAGAAUUCAGAAGAGAAGACAGAGAAAUGUUAUCCACAAUCAACACACAAAAUCGUUGCUUCUCUGGUGCUUAGUCAUUGAUGGCUGUGCAGGCUUUCCACCACCUACGCUCACCGCUCACAUCGAGCUCGCACUUUCCAUGGUUCCCUCCCCACUCUUUACGACCCAAACUCACUGCUUCCGCGCUCUUCAAGCCCCGACCUCUCACUUCCAUCGCAAUAUCGCCGCUCCCCGAGAGGCGCCGGGUUCCGGUGGCCGGCGUCGUGGAGGAAAGCCAAGAGAGUUCGGAGCCUGAACCGGAAGUGGAGUCGAAAGCGGAGUUGGCAUCGGAACUGAAGAAGGCGAUGGCGGAGAGGAAGGAGAAAGAAGAGGACAGCUUGUUGAGCGGGGUGGCGCGUGAGAUCGACGAGAUUGAGUGGCCCACAUUCGGGAAGGUUUUGGGUACCAGCGGCGUAGUCCUCGGCGUGAUCUUUGGAUCCAGCGUUGUUUUGCUUACUGUCAAUGCCGUUUUAGCCGAGCUUUCUGACCGGGUUUUUGCAGGCAAAGGGAUUCAGGAUUUCUUCUCCUGACACACACCAUACUAAACGAAAUCAAAAUCGUGCAAUUUUUGUUACUAACCUUUCAAUUGCUACAUGAUGGACCUUCCCCGGGUCAUUCACGUGCUGUUCAAUCUGAAUCGUAUCGAUCAAAUGUUGGUGUGUUACCAAACUAAAUUGAACUGCUUUCACCCCCUUUUCAAUUCAGCCAAGGUGGUUCUCUACAUUGCCAUCACUUUCCCUGUAACAUUAUGCUAUUCAAUUAUAUUGCUUUUUUUCAUUA